AUGCCUUUUCCCCUCUUCUCGGCCCUCGAUUACGAGGCAACGAUUGAGCGAAUCCUCGAGAAUGCGGGAGGAGUGGAGGACGAGCAAAAUGGACCCGACGUACUGGGGCAGAAGAACGAGCAUGAAGGCGGUUCCCUCUUCCACCUCGCUGGCCGGCUUGCGGCGAAUGUUGCUCAGUGCUCCAAGUCUGAACCAACAGACAACUGCAUCAACACCGUCUGGCAUGAAGAGCCCCUCAAAGGAAGGCUCCAGGACCCCGUACCAUAUGACCAAGUCCUCUGGCGAAAGACUGACAAUCUCUCCCUCAACCGUUCGCCACCAAAGCGACUGUUAUGGGCCGCCCUCAGGACCAACAUGCUAAGAAGGGCGGUGGCGAUAGUUUAG